AUGAGGGACGUGGUGGUGGUGAUGGCGGUGCCCGGAGCCGGGGCCGGAGGAGGGAAGGCGGGCGCCGGCGGGGGCGGGGGAGCGGCCUCAGCGGCGCCGUGCGCGGCGUGCAAGCUGCUACGGCGCCGGUGCGCGGCCGGCUGCGUCUUCGCGCCCUACUUCCCGCCCGGGGAGCCGCACAAGUUCGCCAACGUGCACAAGGUCUUCGGGGCCAGCAAUGUCAGCAAGCUGCUCCAGGAGAUCCCGGUGCAGCACCGAGGGGACGCGGUGAGCAGCCUGGUGUACGAGGCCAACGCGCGCGUCAGGGACCCGGUGUACGGCUGCGUGGGCGCCAUCUCGUCGCUGCAGCAGCAGGUGGAGGCGCUCCAGGCACAGCUGGCGCUGGCGCAGGCCGAGAUGGUCAGGCUCAAGAUGAGCAACGGCUACAUCCUGCACCGGCUCAAGGCGGCCAGCAGGGCCAACGGCGGCUGCGGCGGGGGCAGCAGCUACACCGGCUCGCCGUCGUCCAUGUCCUCGCCCAAGACGGCGGAGCCCGAGGCGCACUGCAAUGCCACGCCGGAGCUGCUGGACAUGGUCGUGGACCAGCCCAGCAUGGACGACGCCCACUUCUGGUCCUACUAG